GCUGGGGUGAAGUGAGAGGGAGGAGCCAGGGAAGGUGAAGAGGUCCUGGCCUCAGCGCAGAGGCGGUCCCCGCAGACUGCGCCACCCACGCCGCCUCGCCCCGCCUCCCGGACUCCCCGUAAUUCCCGCACCCUGGAGGCGCCGCCGCCUUUCAGCGACCCGCAGCGAGCGAGCGCAGCGCGCAGCCGGGAGAGAAGAUGUUUACCGUGAUGACCCGCCAGCCUUGUGAACAAGCAGGCUUCAGGGCCCUCUCCCGGACUCCAGCCAUCAUCACCUUGGUGGUCUUGCUUGUGAGCGUCGUGGUGCUGGUGACACUCACACUCAUCCAGAUCCAUCACCCUCAGGUCCUCCCUCCGGGGCUGAAGUAUGGAAUUGUGCUGGAUGCUGGAUCUUCCAGAACCACUGUCUACGUGUAUCAGUGGCCAGCAGAAAAGGAGAACAACACAGGAGUGGUCAGCCAAACCUUCAGAUGCAAUGUGAAAGGAUCUGGAAUCUCCAGCUAUGAGAAGAAUCCCCAAGAUGCCCCCAAGGCCUUUGAGGAAUGCAUGUUAAAGGUCAAGGAACAGGUCCCGGAGCACCUCCAUGGAUCCACCCGCAUUUACCUGGGAGCCACAGCUGGGAUGCGCUUGCUGAGGUUGCAGAAUGAGACAGCAGCUCAUGAAGUCCUUGAGAGCAUCCAAAGCUACUUCAAGUCCCAGCCUUUUGAUUUUAGGGGUGCUCAAAUCAUUUCUGGGCAAGAGGAAGGGGUGUAUGGAUGGAUUACAGCCAACUAUAUAAUGGGAAAUUUCCUGGAGAGGAACCUGUGGCACAUGUGGGUUCACCCACACGGAGUAGACACCACAGGAGCCUUGGAUUUGGGAGGCGCCUCCACCCAGAUAUCCUUUGUGUCAGAAGAAAAGAUGGAGCCGAAUGCCAGUGACACGGUGCAGGUGUCCUUAUAUGGCUACACGUACACACUCUACACACACAGUUUCCAGUGUUAUGGCCGGAACGAAGCAGAGAAGAAGUUCCUGGCGAUUCUUCUGCAGAGCUCACCCACUGGAACCAAUAUCAGCAACCCCUGCUACCCUCGGGGUUACAGCACCACCUUCGACUUGGGCCACGUGUUCGGCAGCCUGUGCACUGAGAAGCAGAGGCCCAAGAGCUACAGCCCCAGUGACACGGUCACCUUCACGGGAACUGGAGACCCACGGCUGUGCAGGGAGAGGGUGGCUUCUGUGUUCGACUUCAAAGCUUGCCAGGAGCAAGACGCUUGUUCCUUUGAUGGCGUUUACCAGCCCAAGGUUCAAGGGCCAUUUGUGGCGUUUGCGGGGUUCUACUACACGGCCAGCGCACUGAACCUCUCUGGAAGCUUCUCCCUUCCCUCCUUCAACAGCAGCAGCUGGGAGUUCUGCAGACGCACUUGGAUGGAGCUCCCGUCCCUGCUUCCCAGGUUUGACGAGGUGUACGCCCGGUCCUACUGCUUCUCAGCCCACUACAUCUACCACCUGCUCGUGAACGGAUACAAAUUCACAGAGGAGACUUGGCCUCAGAUACACUUUGAGAAGGAAGUGGGGAACAGCAGCAUUGCCUGGUCCCUAGGCUACAUGCUCAGCUUGACCAACCAGAUCCCAGCUGGAAGUACGCUGAUCCGCCUACCCAUACUGCCACCGGUUUUUAUGGGAGUCCUGGCCUUCUUCACGGCCAUCGCCUUGCUCUGCCUGGCAUUUCUUUUGUAUCUGUGUUCAGCAUUCAGGACAAAGGGCCGCUCUGAGAAUGCCUUCGACCAAGCAGUGGAUUCUGAUUGAGCCUUCCAAGCAGCAACUGGAGCCCGAGGCUGCCUAUAGCCCACCAGAGUGACACCAGGCAGUGUAAGCAAAGUGGCUGCCACCUGGACCUGCUCCAUGGUUAAAUGCCAAGGUCAUGUGCCUCUCAGCUACUGGUUCCUGCCAGAGCACUUCCUAGGAGCCCCUCAACUACUCAGUGAGAGUUGCCCUGGCAACCCCUCCCCACCUGACUGUUGGUCCACUGGGAAUCAAGGAGACACAAGCAGUCAAGUUCAGGGUCCUCACUCCAGAGGAAGUUGAAAAUAUAAUAACUUAAUGUGGACGAACUGACCACAGGGCUCAGUUUCCAGUUUCUCUCCCUCACUAUUCUUCCUAGCAAGGCACCCAUGAAGGCUCUGACUGGGACAUCUCACCCAUGCUGUCCUAUAGAUCCUUUCUAAGACCUUCUUGUCUGUUAGUUUCGAGUCCAGACCCAGCUCAAGCCACUGAUACUUUCUUUUAGCAAUCCCAUAAGCAUUAAGUUCCCUAACUGGUAGGAUGUAUCAUUUGGUGGGGAAGAUGAUAGUGUAGAGUCUCAUGUAGCCCAGGCUAGCCUCCAACUCACUAUGUAGCCAAGGAUGACCUUGAACUUCUGAUCUCCUCCUGAGUGCUGCAGUUAUGGAUAUGAGUCACUACACUCAGUUUAUGGGGCGCUGGGGCUAGAACCCAGGGCUCCAUGCAUGCUAGGCAACUGUUCCACUAACUGAGCUGGAUCCCCAGCCUCAGAAGACUCUGGAACUCAGGACACAUGGAAGUCCCUACCACAGUAGCUGCUCUCGUCGUGGAAUUCCCACUUGGGACUCUGGUCAUGAGACUGCUACUCGGUGUGCAUCCUCCUCCUCAUGUAAUUGUCACACCGCUGUGCCCUCUUCUAAAUCACACCCAGUCGACUGCACUGGGGCGGAUCUCACUGACCGGGCAGGCCCUUGUCCAGGGCUGCCUGUCCACUAUCAUCAUGGCGUGUGUUUCCCCACCACCCUCACAUGUAUACUCAAUCCUGUCCUAAGACAUCCCAGUCUGGAAUUUCUGACCAAUUACUUACCCCAGUUACAGUUCUCCCUGAGCAGCCACUACACAUCUUGAUUUGGGGGGAAGGAAAAGGCAGUCUUGGGAAUACUCAACUCCAAAGUGGGAUAAGAAAGGGCUUGAGCAAGUCCAGUUGCUACACGCUACAAAUCAAUGCUGUUUCGUAUGGCUGGUUGUGGACACCAUAUGGAAUAAACUCUUAUUUUUAUUUUGCAA